CAUUGUUGGAAUCUGUGUUGUUUGCUCUAGCCCGUUGUCGUGUGUCACAAUGUCGGGCUGCCUUGUUGUGCAAACACCGAUCCGAUGCUUCGCUACCUCUACCCGCUGCUACCUCCGCGAACAUCUCCCCGCGAACCUGGCUGUGCCAAAACGUCCAGCCAAGAGCCCCAACACCGCCAAUGAUUGCAGACAUAACCCACGAGACCAACCCCAGUCCUACAACACUGGAGGUGCCGGUCUGCGGACGCUUGAGGUGAAGGAUCGUCAUUGUCAGGUGGUGGACAUGGAGUUGGAGGCCGCGGAAGGACGCGGUCAAAAGGUUGUGAUUCUCGGGGUCCGGACGGUUGAGGAAUCAUUGGAGAAGUUUGGGUGGUAG